AUGUCCGACGAUUGGUUUUCGUCCAAACUCGCACCGGAUGGUGACGUGGACGAUGGUUGUCACCCUCAAGAGGCACAGGCGAUGAAAGACUACCUCCACGAGAAGAUGACUGCAGCCGAAGCCGCCCAAGCCAUCACCCGCCCGGUCGCCACUGCAGACAACCCCAGAGAGGACCUCGCCCGCCUCUGGGGAUUCCUGAUGGAUUCUCUCUUGGAACUACCGCAAGAACACAUCGAAUCGUUGUUAGAACUGCUCAAGGCAAUCGAGAACCUUGCAGAGCCUGACUUCACAACUGUGGACGAAAGCAAGCGAACCUCAGAGAAGUUGUGGAGUGGUCUCCCGGGGUUCGGUCACUUGUGGGCCGAUUCAUAUCAAUCUGGAAGCUGGAGAAGGGCUGCGGCGGCGGCUACUGGCCCGGAGCGUGACGCGCUACGAGACAUCCAUGUCCGGAAGGCGGAGGUUGAGGCACGCCUAGUCGCAGCUGGCGUUGGUGGCAUUCCGAUUGACUGGGGAUACGAGGUCGUCGUGGACGCCCUGGAGAGCAGCAACGCGCUGCUUGAUUUUGAGGUUCCAGCUGCGGCGAAGUGGCUUAUAUUCUGCGGAGGGCGAUUCCGACAGGGAGCAGAGGAUGGUGAGGAGAGCUGGGCAUUGAAGUCGCAUGUGACAACGUCGUCCACGACCCCUUCGCGGGAUCUCUGCAAGGCGUUUUCGAACCAGGCGCUGAGUCUGGAACGUUGGUUAUUGUGGGAAGAGCGUCUGAGGGAGUUGCAAGGGAAUCUGGGAGUUGUUAGGGAAGCGGCGACAACGGCUCUUGAUGCCAUGAGGAAAGCAGUCCAUGCGCCAUUGUUAACAAGAGAGAUAGUUAUAAAUAAUAGUUGGGCACGGUGA